AUGUUUCUCAGGAGAGUAAUCUUGUAUAUCCGUGUUGAGGUCGAAUACGCAUCAGAAGCAGUCAAGAGAGGCACAUGUGCCGUCGGUAUCAAAGGAUCGCUGUGUGUGGUCUUAGGAUGUGAGAAGAGAACAACCUUGAAACUACAGGAUCCAAGAAUCACCCCGUCAAAAAUUUGCAAAGUGGACAACCACGUAUUGUUGACGUUUGCUGGCUUGAACGCCGAUGCUCGUAUUUUGGUCGACAAAGCCCGUGUGGAGGCUCAGUCCCACCGCUUGAAUUUGGAAGAUUCCGUGUCCAUAGAAUACUUGACUAAGUACGUUGCAGGAGUACAGCAGAGAUACACACAGUCAGGAGGUGUGAGACCCUUUGGUAUUGCAACCAUGAUCGCCGGCUUUGACUCCAACGACACCGUUCCAAAAUUAUAUCAAACAGAGCCAAGUGGAGUUUACAAUGCGUGGAAAGCCCAUGCCAUUGGCAGAUCAGCCAAGACUGUCAAAGAGUUCUUGGAGAAGAACUACGAGGAAAACUUAUCUGAUGAGCAAACGAUCAAGUUGACAGUGAAGUCGUUAUUGGAGGUUGUGCAAACGGGAGCCAAGAACAUCGAGGUUUCUGUCUUGAAACCCAACAACGUCAUUGAGCAGUUGACCAUUGAGGAGAUUUCGAAGUACGUGGAGGAGAUUGAGGCCGAAAAGCAGAAGGAGGCCGAGAAGAAGAAGAAGAAAUCAUCCAGAGAUUAG